AUGUGUGAUGUGUUUUCACUGUCCAUUGCAAGCACCAAGGUAGGGCUGCAGCCUGGUGUGGUCUCGUGCAGCGAGGUUCUUCGAAGCCUGGCCAGGCGCAAACAAUGGCAGCAGACCUUGAAGCUGUUGCAAGAGAUGAGGUCGAGGCAGGUCCGGGUCGACACAGUCUGCUACAACAUCUGCAUCCACGCCUGCCAAGGCCAAUGGGCGCAAGCGCUGGGCCUUUUUGCAGAGCUCGAGGGCCUGCUGGAGCCAAGCGAGGUCAGCUACGGCGCCGUGUUUGUGGCGUUGGGCAAGGGGCACCGCUGGCUGCAGGUGUUGGCCAUGUUGACAUCUGCCGUGCAAGGCGCCAAGGCACGAGUGGUGUACAACACAGCCCUGGGCGCCUUCAGGGAUGCGCAUAGGUGGGACUUGGCAAUCCGCAUGUGCGAGGAUCCGGUCGUGAGGGAGCACCUGGAUGAGGUAGGUUGGGCUACUGUUAUCGCAGCGUGUGCGAAAGCUGGCAAGUGGUCCUUGGGGCUAAUGCUCACAGACCAAUUGCGGACUCAUCAUAAAGUGACUCUCCAGACCUACAAUUGGUUGCUUCGGGGCAUGCGUUUUGACUCUGGGAGUUGGAGGGCGGCCUUGUCCAUCGUGCACGAUGCCAUGCAAAAACGCCUGUCGCCAAAUGCCGUGACGUACACCAAUCUCUUGCACUCCUGGCGACAGAGAGGACCUUGGGAGAAGACUUUGGAGCUUUUCGCCGAGCUGAGGCAGCUGGACGGCGCCAAGGCCGAGGCGGUCAGCUCGGUUUUGGCCGCGCUGGAGCGGGGCCACCGUUUGGAGGCCACUGGGGUGGCUUUGGACAUCAAGUGCUUCUUGCGGCGGCAGCUGAAAUUGGGGAAGGCCGGGUUCAACAAUGAAGCGUUCCACGAGGCAGCCACGUUGCAUUCCGCCUGGAUGGGCGCUGGCUUGCCGGACGCUUUCGGCAGUGCGAUGCAUCGCGUUCUGGUGGCUCCGGUUUGGGGAGCGAUUUCAGGGAAAGCUGGUACACCCUCGGCGAGUCAGGUAGUGCAAAAUGUGCACUACUUCUCUGCCUUCGACGCACGAAUUGUUGGUGAGAGUGCGUCAUGGUCGGGCACCUUCGGACAAAUUGAGGGCGGCGGCGUGGGUGCGCGGUGUUGA